CUUCCUCCAAAGAUAAUUGGAGGUAAAAUUUGAUAUGCUCAAUGUCAUGGACACGAAUGAGGUUUCUCCGGCGUCUGCUGCCACCAUGAAAAAGAAAGCGGCGGGCAGCAGCGGAUGCGGCCACAUCAGCGCACCUAAGGCUGUCACAUCCAAAUGUACACGAAGCAACAGCGGUCAGAACUGCCUGGACUCCGGUUCUCCCGGCGCACAUAGCGGCAAGCAGCCCGGUGUGGCCAGCAACGUCGUGAUGGACGAGACGGAGGACGGUGAAGAGGAGUCCAAGUUUCAGCAUCCGCGGUUGCGCCGAGCCGGGGGGAGCGGCAGUGGCGGAGGCGGAGGAGGAGGAGGCGGCAGUAUCAGGAUGAAGAACUUUACGCCAGGAGGGGGAGCCGCGUCCUCGGCUUCCAGGAGAAACUCAAACAAGGAGCCCUGCCUUACGCACACAGAGGACGCUCCUGCUGCCCCACGGCCCACUGCUGCCUCCAGAGCUACCGAGACACCCUGUCCGGGCGAUGCUGCCCAACGCGGCGAGACCAGUAGAGCAUCUAGGGCGGAGGCGUCGGAAUCCGCGGUCGCGGUAGAGGUUUUGAACGCGACAACGAGUGAUGGUUGCAACGGCGUCGCUCCAGUUUCCAGCAUGAAAUGCAACAAAAACGGAGAAUGCAGGAGGGACUCGGGUACCGGGAGCCUGCGCUCAAUCAUCUCCAAGCAGGAGAAGCAGACCGGGGGCCCGGGGAGAGCCGAGGACGCGGGGAGCGCCAAGCGAGGAGCCCGUAACUCGACCACCGCCAGCAUGGACGGCUCGAUCACCCCAGGCGGUUCUCUGACCGGGGGACACGGAGGAGACAGCGCAAACCCCGGCGCUACACCCGUGUCCAGCGGUGUGCCGGAGAAAAAGGACUCCAAGGUGUCCUUCUCCAACGCACCAAGCCGGAAAGCCUCGUCCUCACUGCACGGCCCGACUCAGACUCAGACUCAGCAGCCAAGGAACUCUGUCACUUUCCAGAAGCCGGAGGAUGGACCGCCAAUUGUGCCCGCCGAGGAUGCGGAACCUCGGGGCAGCCAAGCCAGCUUCAUGCAGCGGCAGUUUAGUAGUAUGCUGCAGCCUGGAGUUAACAAAUUCUCCUUACGCAUGUAUGGUAGUCAAAAGGCAGUGGAAAGAGAACAAGAGAGGGUAAAAUCAGCUGGAAAUUGGAUUAUUCACCCUUACAGCGAUUUCAGGUUCUACUGGGAUUUUACAAUGCUGCUGUUCAUGGUGGGCAACCUGAUCAUCAUCCCUGUGGGCAUCACCUUCUUCAAGGACGAGACCACAACGCCCUGGAUCAUCUUCAACGUGGUCUCUGACACCUUCUUCCUCAUGGACCUGGUGCUCAACUUUCGCACUGGAAUCAUCAUUGAGGAUAACUCGGACAUCAUUUUGGACCCUCAAACCAUUAAGAAGAAGUACCUAAAAACUUGGUUCAUUGUAGACUUUAUCUCCUCCAUCCCAGUGGAUUACAUAUUUCUCAUAGUGGAGAAAGGGAUUGACUCAGAGGUGUACAAGACUGCUCGGGCCCUGAGGAUCGUCCGCUUUACCAAGAUCCUGAGUCUUCUGAGGCUGUUGAGGCUCUCCAGAUUAAUACGUUACAUUCACCAGUGGGAAGAGAUCUUCCACAUGACCUACGACCUCGCCAGUGCUGUGAUGAGGAUCUUUAACCUGAUUGGUAUGAUGCUGCUGCUGUGUCACUGGGACGGCUGCCUACAGUUCCUGGUUCCCAUGCUGCAGGACUUCCCCUCAGACUGCUGGGUGUCCCUCAACAAGAUGGAGAACGACACCUGGUCAGAGCUGUACUCCUUUGCCGUUUUCAAGGCAAUGAGCCACAUGCUGUGCAUCGGUUAUGGCCGACAGGCCCCAGAGAGUCUAUCAGAUAUCUGGCUCACCAUGCUGAGUAUGAUUGUAGGAGCUACUUGCUAUGCCGUUUUUAUUGGCCAUGCAACAGCUCUGAUCCAGUCGCUGGACUCGUCUAGGCGGCAGUAUCAGGAAAAGUACAAACAAGUGGAGCAGUACAUGUCCUUCCACAAGCUGCCUGCUGAUUUCCGACAGAAAAUCCAUGACUAUUAUGAGCACAGAUACCAGGGCAAGAUGUUUGAUGAGGAGAGCAUCCUGGGAGAACUCAGCGAGCCGCUCAGAGAGGAAAUUGUCAACUUCAACUGUCGCAAGCUGGUGGCGUCAAUGCCGCUGUUUGCCAACGCAGAGCCAAACUUUGUGACGGCCAUGUUGACAAAGUUGCGUUUUGAAGUAUUCCAGCCGCACGAUUACAUUAUAAGGGAAGGCACCAUCGGCAAGAAAAUGUACUUCAUCCAGCACGGGGUCUGCAGCGUCAUCACCAAGGGGACCCUCGCAAUGAAACUCUCAGAUGGCUCUUAUUUUGGAGAGAUCUGUUUAUUGACGAGAGGUCGGCGAACGGCCAGCGUGCGAGCGGAGACGUACUGUCGACUGUACUCGCUGUCCGUUGACCAUUUCAAUGAGGUGCUGGAAGAAUAUCCCAUGAUGAGACGGGCCUUCGAGACAGUUGCCAUUGACCGUCUGGAUCGCAUAGGUAAAAAGAACUCCAUCCUGAUGCACAAGGUUCAACACGAUCUCAACUCUGGCGUUUUCAACAACCAGGAGAACGAGAUGAUCCAGGAGAUUGUUAAGUAUGAUCGUGAGAUGGUGAAACUGGUGGAUCUGCAGCGACCGCGGGCCAUGUCUAUGACGCCCUCCAUCGGCGGCAUCUUUGCUCCUCCGGGUCAGCAGCAGUCGGGCUCUGCCAUCGCCACCCUCCAGCAAGCUGUGGCCAUGAGCUUCUGCCCUCAGAUGGCAAGUCCUUUGGUGGGUCCAGGGACUCUGCAGUCUCCUCGUAUGGUGCGAAGAUUUCAUGUGAUGCAGAACCUGGCCAGUCCAGUCUCCAUGUCUCCUCUUCAGUCUCAACCCCCCCAGACGCUGGGAGGAGCAUUCGGGUCUGCAAUUUCAAGCCCACCAGUCCAAAGUCCGCUCGCAGCUUCAGGACGGACUUUCCAGUACAUGGCGAGCGUAGGACCCUCUGGGUCCCAGUUGUCCCUAGUACAGCAUCAUGCACCCAGUCCCACACAGACCCAGCAGAGGCCUGUCUCACACAAGAGCACCCACUCACUUCAUACGGGCAGCUUGAGCCAGGACACCCGAGCUUUGUCUGCCUCCCAGCCUUCACUCCCCCAGGAGGGUACACCGCAAGCUGCAUCUGCAUCUGCAGCUCCCAGUCCUCCGCCCUCCACCCGCACCUCCAACACCUCCAUCGGCCCCCAGCAGCCCUCUCACCCCAGCUUGCCAGGGCCGUCAGGGGUAGGGAGACCGGCGGGAGCCCAACAAAGGGUGGCCUUUGCCUCCACACCUCCUCCUGCUGGACCUACUGGAAUGGGGGCAGUAGCAGCAGCUGCUGGAUCAGGACCUCCAGACUCUGGAGUUCCCAAGAAAGAUUCAAUUGUCAGCCUUCCAGAGCUAGACUCUGCCAGAUCUCGGCUGUCUUCCAACUUGUGACCCUGGUAGAGUUCAGGAAAGAGGCCUUUUUUGUAGAAGAAUCUGUUCGGUUUAGGUCAGCCCAGCUGAUCUGUCAGCCCGCUAAAUGACCAAUCAGCCACCGCCAGCUCAACCAGUCAUUCUACCUGAAUGCACUGUGUGCUGGUGUCAGCAGAAGGAAAAGAGCUACUCACAGUCUUGAGACAUGUUGGCUACGAGGAGUCUAUACAAUUAAACUAGUAUAACUUAAGGUGGAACUGGUCUAGUCUACUGUGCCAGCACCUUUAGUCUUAGUAUCACCCCCUUCACUCUGCUUCCAAACACCUACUGUAUAUCGCUGUCUUUACUGUAAAGAUAUAAAGAAAAGUAUGAUUAAUGUAACUAUGGCAUACUGUGUAGAAUCCAUGCAAUGCAAUCUAGCAGGAGCUGGACUUAAAAAUGAAAAUCAGGGACUUGAGGUCAAAUGACAAUGACAUUUUAAGCGUUCAAAAGUGUUUUAAGUGUAAUUUUUUCUGUAUAAGCUGUCGUAGCAAAAGAACACAUUGCUCUUCAUAUUGUUUAAAAUAGUAGUGGAAAUAGUGUUUUAGACCGCUGGUCGAUCUUACAUCGAUGUGUAAAUAGUUGAUGAAAAAAGUGUGGAAGGAUAAUAUAUUCAUUGUAUCUACCCAAACCAAAGUUGAGCUUGAACACCAAGUCUGGUUGUGUCUGUAUCAACUGAAAAAAAAAAAAGAAACAUAGAAGAAAAUGCCAUUUAUUUAACUGCCUUGAUUCAACGUUAGAAGCCAUAUAUUUGGUUUGUGUGUAUGUAUAUAUGUGGGCGUAAGUUUGUUUGUGUGCGUGAGUUUGUUGAUACGUUUUGGUUCCAUUUCCAGAGAAUGGACUCACUCUCUCUACACUGCUUUGUCAAGCGCGGCUGGUUUGACAUGCUGACGUGGCACUGACCCGGUUUCAUGAAACAUCUGGGAGGUGGUCAGGCAUUCGUUCAGCGUAGUGAUUGUAAACCUGAAGGCAAUGGUGGUUAAAUAAUCUGAGCUUUACUGAAAGAAAACAUUUGUGAACAACCCAUACUGUAUACUUGCUUGUUUCUGUCUAGGUUUAUUGAUUAACACAUGCAAUAUAAUUCUGCAAUACUCUACCCCGCCUAUAUAUAAAUAUAUAUGAAUAUAAAUAUCUAUACAUAUGCUGUACAGGAAAGUGAAAUUCUUUCUUUUCCUUCUUCUUCUUCUUUUCUUUUUUUUUUUUAAAUGUGAAUUCUUAAAGAAUCCAGCAGCUAUUGUGGCUUCACUUGAGGUAUUGUAAUCCAGUGACCAUGUUGUUACCUUAACCAAAAAUGUUGGAGGGAAUGAAAGAACGUGCAGUGUCAAUUUUGUUAAAACAAAAACUGCUUAAAACUGGUUUAGAGUCACAUGAGGAAUUCAUGUCUGAGUUCAGCAAGUCAGAUCCUCGAAAACGUCACUUUAAAGCCUAUUUCAAGAUAUCAAAUUGUAAGAAGAAUGGGAGGUUUGGGGUGGGCAAUGUGGGACACAAAUGCCUCACUUGUAAUUAAAAAAAAAAAAAAAAGCAUUCGCUCCAUAUCAAAGUCUCUGUGUGCUGCAUAUCACCCAAAACUCCCAUGAAUGUCUCAACGUUUAGAUCCACAAUGAUCCUACAGUUCAAAUUACGGGAUUAGGUUGAAACUUUGGUUAUAGUCACUCUAAAGAUUCUGAUCCUGUUGAACCUAAAAUCCUUCUCUUGCUGAAUGUAUGCCAUAUGAGAAGGAAGACAGCUAAUCAGAUAUAAACUGCCAUGUAAAUAAAGGGACAGCGAUUAAAAGAGGCUUUUACGAUGCAAGUGGGUUGUGGGGAUUGCUGUAUGUGUUGCUGAGUGUCUGUGUGAUCUUUUUAGGUUGUUGAUGCUUCUCUGGGUUGAACGUUGUUGUAUUUAACCUGUACGCUACAACCCAAUCCCCAGAUCUAACACGAGAGGAUCAGUUUUUGUUUUUUUUUCUCCAUUCUAUGUUUCUUGAAGUGGGCGUGAACGAGAGUGAGUUGUAACCACUUUGAACUCAGCAGUCCAAAGCGAGGACAUCCAGUUAAGCACCUUGUGUUGCACUACGACCUUGUAAUCAAAAUAAAAAUCGAUGCUCUAUUCUCUUAAAGCGGUUGCAGUACUUCUCCCGGACCCAUUAUCUGGUUAAACUGUAAGGACGAAAAGUGAAUCCAACUGGGACUGAAAAUAGGCAGCUGAUUCAUCGUGUUAAACAAACAACGCAUUCAAGUUUUUCAGCUCCGAGCAUCCACCCAGAGUCAAACUGUAAAAUCAAUGCGAUGGACAUUUCACUCAGGUUUGCUACCUUUCCAGAGAGAUGUAUUGAUUGCUGCAGCGUGGCUUUCCAUUGAUUUAUGUAGACUUGUCUCUCCUCCCAUAAUCAACUUGUUGAUUUAGCCACGCUUAGAGGUUCCCCUUGAAUUUUGAUUGGCCUAGAAAAACACGGAGGAUCCAGUGGAGUCAAACCUCUUAGAUUGUUAUUAGAAUAACUCUCUGCUCUGGUUUGGUUUUCAUUACUGAUCCUGGGAGACGCUUAAAUGUUGAAACAAGGUGUAGGUGAUUGUUUUUAAUCCAAGGGCUACAUUAUAUGGCUUGUAACCCUUGGCUCAUUGUAACUGUAGCGCAACCACAGUUUUCCUUUCUGUCUGAUCAAUAACAUGCACUGAUUCUUGUUCUUUGUCAUACCUGGGUUACUAUGGCGUGACCCGCUUCAUCAGCAACACAGGAACUUUGUAUUGCUUUUUUUUUUUCCUAUGGGAAAGGUACAUGCCAAAAUGCCAAUACGAUUAUGAAUGAGGUUCAUUUGAGUUAAUGGCUGUUGUGUGCUUCAAUACUGUUCUAGUGCAAUCAAUUGGUCCUCUUCCCUAUUCCUUUGUGCUAAUACCAGAGUUUGCCCUAUUAAGCUGCUAUCAGGACUGUGCUGAAUGAGUCCACAGUCAGUGAGAGCAAGAUGGAAGGAGAGUUAAAGAGCUAAUGUUUCAGGCAAUAUCAGGCACCGUCUCUGUUUCAUUGCAUCCAUCCAGUAAGAUACUGUAGUGUGUGAUUCACUCCCACUCAAAGGAUGGCAUACCAGACACUUUGAUCAGUACCACUCUGUUUGAACCCUCAGACAUGAGGCUGAUACAGCCCUGGCCAAGCACAUACUUGUGUCAGUUAUCUGUUUUGUGUCUGUGUCACCAGUGUGUUCAGUCUGGUGGCGUCAAGCCGCCGCCGACAUGUCGAGGGCGUGAUAUUGCGCUGUAUUUGCCUGAUGACGGGGGGUUCAAAGUGUGAUUGUUUGAUGGUUAUUCUUUUGGACCUUGCUGUGAAGUGGGAUUGAAAUCCCUCAUACACGUUUGACACUGACUGACAAUUAUUAAGAAUAUCUAAGUUUCAAACCUCUCAUUCUUGCUGUACCAGAUAUUAAGGGUACCGAAUGCCUUGGUGUUGAUAUGUUAGCAAAUCAGGGUAUUAUUUUUGUUUGUAAAACUGUCUAUGAUUUAUCCGUGUAUUCUGUUUGGUUGUUGUUUUAGAAUUUGUUUUUACAAUGUGCCCCAUGCACAUGGACUGUAUAUACCUUGUGCCUAGUACACCUAGUUUCCACAUAGUCUAUUUUUGUGGUAUGUAUGUGCCUGUAAAAAUGCAAAUAUGUGUUUUUUAUUUUCAACUUGCAAUAUAUGUAAAAAAAAAAAACAUCAAAAAAAACAAAAAACGUUAGAUGAAGAUUAGUAUUGCUGAAUUACAAUGACAAUGUCAGUAUAUAUAAUUUUCCCUGAUAAGGGAAACACAAAAUUGCACAUUUUUGUUGGUUUGAGCCUUCCAACACCAUGCGCGCUGUAUUCUGUACUUUCAUGUCGUGUACAUAUGGUAUACACAGAGAUGUGGGGCACAUUGUUGUGUUUUUACCACAACCUGCUGUAUAAGAAACAUUUUCUACAGUGAGAGGGUGAGCUCUGACAGGCUUCUGGUGGAUAUCGGCAGUCUAGACGUUAGCUUAGAUGACCUGCUUGCUGCAAAGAGCCCAAAAUGACAGGAAGUAAUUACUAAAACUGUGGAGAUGCUUGCACAAUAUCAAUUCAGUAACAAACCUAGGAUGUAUACAUGCUGGAAAGCGCAGUUCUUUAAACUCUUUACACAUGCUGGUUGCACACUGAUCUGGUGUUUGCCAUAAAAAAGAAGAAAAAAAAAGAAGUUCUCUCCAAGGCUGAAUUUGACUCAUAAGCGGUCACAAGCUUGACUCCAGGAUGAGUUACUUUGACAGAUAUUAGCAGAGUGCAUGCUUGUAUUUUAUUUUAUUUAAGCAGAGUUCUGUGUGUGAUUCUUAGUGGGACCUUCAAAUCUAGACCUUGUCGUGUACCAACUACUGUACAAUGAUUUUAUUUAGUCUACCAGUUAAACUUUUGUGUCGUAGCUACUGUAGCCUGCUUAGCUUACCUAAGCCUUCUCUCUGCUUCAGGACUCUGUGUGCUUGAGUUUGUGUGCGUGUGUGUGUUUUCCUGUGCCUUUCCUUCUAUAAUGUUGGUCCCACUUGAGAAUAUGAUGCCACUUAGGGGUUUGAAACCCACACGAAGCUGAGAGAGAUGCCAGCGCAAGCUGGAAACUGUUACAUGGUCACGACAACAUUUGUUCUUCAGAAAACACAUCGUAAUGCUCCUGGAUAUGACUCUAGCACAUCUCUAGACUUAGUAGCAUUCCACAGCCUGCACGAACUGCUCGGUGUGGGCAUCCAGACACACUUUACCAGCACCAUGUAGACAAACAGCACAGAUAUCUGACACAGCAUGUGUUUUCUCUCUCUCUUUCUCUCUCUCUGGAGGCCGGUCUGCAACCAUCUCGGGCUGCUUGGCUUCUGCUCUUAACAAAAAGGUUCAAGUACUUCAGAACUCCAACUCUGUCUAAGUUGAUGUCUACAAUCCAGGGACAAUUCAGCUCCCAGCCCGAGCCGCAGCACUACCAAAUCAAUCUCAAAGGUUCAGGUUGGGGGGGAGGGUAUGUGUGGGACGCUGGUGAUAUCUGACGCUGUCCAGUCGUUGCUGACUGAGAUGCACAGCCGGUGGCGAGGGCAACGGGGCUGAUUUGAACCUGUGUCCAAAAGACUGUCUUGUCCACCACCUCUGCUGGCCGAGUACACAGAGCCACACCCUGGUCUCUCUCAAUAAGCUGGUCUGUCAGUCAGUGGCAAUGUUGUUUAAGCGUUCGUAAACAGACGAUACAUUGUUGUGCAAUAAAAAGAUGAGCGCAUUGGCAUACUUA